UGUUUUUCUUCUUCUUCUUCUACUUCUACUACGUCCCCGUGCUCCCCAACAAGUCCAGCUCGCUAACUGCACAGCUAACUGAGUUAGCUAGCUAACAACAGCUCUUCUCUCGAAUAUCAAUCCAAGGUCGAUCGCCUCUCAGACUCUCACACUCAUUUUCAUUAUUUUGCAUGAAGCAGUGUCUGUGGUUGGAAUAUAUCGUUACAGUCAGACAUGCAAAGUGCUUGAAUCAGCGGGUUUAAAAGUGCUGACUUCAAUCCUCCGUCUGCUCGCUUCGCUCAGUGUGUGGAAGUGACACCAGCCAAGAAGAGGCAGGCCGGAAGAGCGUUAAUCUAAAGUUUGACUGCAGAGAUGGAGUCGAUGUUGAUAAUUGACCUUUAUGGAUUUGCUGCACAGCUCCGCCGCCAGGUGGCGCCAAGUGAGCCCUCCUCUAUGUGUGGACGAGCUCUGACAGUAGCGGCUCCUCUCUGUGUCAACAUCAGGGGAUGAACAACAAGCAGCGGCGGUUAGCUGCCAAACGACCCGACGGAUGUACGUUUCACCUCCAGGCCCUGAGUGAGCCACAGUAGGAGAGCUGUGUGGAGCCAGCCGGUCUGAGAUCAGCCGUGAUGGAGGAAUAAAGCCCUCUGAUGGAGACCCAGAGGAAGAGCUCUGGGGAUGACGGCGGCGGAGAGCGUGGCCUGCUCCACACCUGGAGGGGCUACUCGUACAGCGUCACCCCAGAGAGGCUGCUCCUCCCCCGGCCAGUGCUCCAGGUCGCCCUGGGUACACGGCAUGGCGUUCUGCUGGUGGAAGGAGGCCAGGUGUACAGUUUCGGGGAGUCGCCAUGGAAGCAGAGUCAGGUACCUGAGCCAGAGAAGCCCACCCUUGAGAGUGCGCUCAGCGGCCAGCGUGUGGUCACCAUCGCCGCUGGAAGCUUCCACAGCGGGGCGGUGACGGAGGACGGCGGCGUCCACAUGUGGGGGGACAACAGCUCGGGUCAGUGCGGCCUGUCGGGCCUCACCACCGUCCCCAACCCCACUCCUGUCGCUCUGAUGGACUCGGACACCAGCCCCCCACAGACAGUCCCGGUGCUGGAGCUGGCCUGCGGGGAGCAGCACACCUUGGCGCUGGCGGCCCAGCGGGAGGUGUGGUCGUGGGGCAGUGGCUCCCAGCUGGGCCUCAACGCCACCGUGUUUCCUGUGUGGAAACCACAGAAAGUCGAACAUCUGGCAGGCAGGUAUGUGAUACAGGUGGCCUGCGGGGCCUCGCACAGCUUGGCUCUGGUGCGCUGCCUGGGUCCUCAGGACGUGCAGCGUCCCCCUGUGGACAAAUGCAGACAGUGUAACCAGCUGCUGUACACCAUGACAGACAAAGAGGACCAUGUGAUCAUCUCCGACGGUCACUACUGCCCCCUCGGCGUGGAGCUCACUGAGGACGAAGGCCUGCUGGAGGCGCCGGCUCCAACACAAGGACUCAAAACUUCCCCUUCUGAGCCGGUCCUCCCCUCACAGACCUCCUCCUCUAAGUCCUCAGCUCCUGCUGAUGGUGCUGACUCCUCCUCUGACUCCGCUCACCAUCAGGACUCUGAGAAAGAGAAGUCGGCCACAACUAACGGAGCGUUGCCCGGCUCGGACCACUCAGCUCUGGCUAAAGUGAAGAGUUCACCGUAUCCCGAUGAGCAGGCGGUUAAAGACUACCUGAAGAAACUGUCGGACAACACGCAGGUGGAGCAGACGGGGAAGGUGACAGCUGGAGGGCUGCACACUCUGCUGCCGUCGGCACCCGGCGGCACCCUCAACAGCCUGGUGGCCUCCUGCGCCUCGGCUGUGGGCGAGCGAGUCGCCUCCACCUACGAGGCGCUGUCCAUCAAGAAGAUGAUGAACCUCUACCUGCCCUCAGGGGUGGCGAGGCCCGGCGGGGCGGCGUCUGUCAUCGUUGGCGACAACACGGCAGAGCGCGUCCGCCAGGAGGACUCGGUGCAGGCCAAGAAGAGCUCCAGCACGGGGGACAUCCGUGAAGAGGAGGCGGAGGGUCUGCGGCGCCGCCUGUCGCUGCCGGGACUCCUCUCACAGGUGUCCCCGCGGCUGCUGAGGAAAGCCGGUCGUCCGAAGAUGCGUGCAGUCGCCCUCACCCCGCUGGGAGGGGUGGUCCCCGAGGCCCAAGAGGUGUUUCCCACCCUGCAGACGGAGGUGUGGAGCUGGGGCAACUGUGAUCACGGACAGCUGGGACACGGUGACACUCUGGCCAGGUUACAGCCGCAGUGCAUCAAGAGUCUGAACAACAAGGAGGUGGUGCGGGUGGCGGCCGGCGCUCAUCAUUCCCUCGCUCUGACGGCUCAGUCUCAGGUGUUUUCAUGGGGUAGUAACAGCUGCGGUCAACUCGGUCACAUGGACUCUCCCAGCACCGUCCCCCGCCUGGCGAAGCUGUCAGAGGGGAUCCGAGUCUGGGACGUGAGCGCCGGAGAGAAACACACCCUCCUGCUCGCGGACGGAGACUGCAUCCAGCCCAUCAUCUACUACAGCGGACAGCAGGUGAAGGAGGCGGCGGAGGAGAGCCACGCCAGGGAGGCGGGGCAGCAGGAAGGAGGAGAGGAAGAGGAGCAGCGGGUGGGCGGAGGCUACACCCAGCAGCCUGUGCUGCUGCCCUUCUGUAUGAACCUGCGCUACGUCAGCAACGUGUUCGCGGGCGGCCAGCGGUGCGUGGCGCUCUCCGACAGGAACGUGAUGGGCUUCAUUGCCAGCCUCCAUGAGCUGGCGUCAGCUGAGAGGAAGUACUACUGCAAGCUGUGUAACGUCAAGGCGCAGAUAAUACGCCCCCUGCUGGAGCUGGAGUCUCUGAGCUCGGCCCUCGGUCAGGUGGUCCUCGGGCUCCUGCAGACCCUGGUUGGUCGAUUCAGCCUCUUGUGUCACUUCACCGGGCAGCACGCCGCCAGCCUCACCGCCAACCUGCGCCGAGGCCGCGACGUGAAGAGCCUGCUCAUCCUCGACCACACCGGCGUCUUCAUCGACGCUUACCACGAGUACUGCAGCGUUUUGGGCCACUUCCAGGUGAUGGGAGGUUUCCAGAGUCUCACCAAACCCUCGCUAGAUUUCUUCGGGAAGAGUCCUGAGCUGCUUCAGAAGCUGUCAGAGUGCAGCGAGGAGAACCCCUCCAUGUCCGACCUCCUGAUGGCGCUCUUCUACCUCCCGACUCGCCACCUUCACGAAUAUGGACGCCUGCUGCUCAAACUGGCCACCUGCUUCGAAGUGUGCUCCGAUGACUACCAGAAGCUGCAGGACAGCUGCUCCAAGUUCGAAGCGCUGGCCCUCCAGCUGAAGAGGAAGAGGAAAGACGCCGACUACACCUUCCACUUCUGGAAGAGCUUCCCCGGCAAAAUGACGGACUCGCUGAGGAAGCCUCACCGCCGGCUGAUCUGCGAGAGCAGCAACAAAGCUCUGACCCUGCAGAACGCCGGCAGGUUCUCCGUCAACUGGUUCAUCCUCUUCAACGACGCUCUGGUCCACGCACAGUUCUCCACUCAUCAUGUGUUCCCUUUGGCCACGCUGUGGGUGGAACCGAUCCCAGAGGAGAACACUGGCACACAUGGGUUAAAGGUGAUCACACCAGAGGAGACGUUCACCCUGCUCGCCUGUUCUCCCAUGGAGAAGGCAAAGUGGCUUCGCUCCAUCAAUCAGGCGGUGGAUCAGGCCCUGAGUGGAGCGGGGCAGGACACGGCGUCGAUCAGCUCGGGGUCGUCACAGAAGUUGGAGCCUCCGAUCUCCAGAACGGCCUCGUACACUUUUUAUAAAGACGGACGGCUGAAGGAGGCGACGUACGACGGGCGCUGGCUCAACGGGAAGCCAAAUGGCAGGGGAGUGUUAAAAUGGCCUGAUGGAAGAAUUUACACAGGGACGUUCAAGAACGGACUGGAAGAUGGCUUUGGUGAAUACAUUGCGCCCAAUAAGACACUCAACAAGAACGAUCACUACCAAGGUUACUGGAGGGACGGCAAGAUGCACGGCCUGGGGACGUACAGGUAUGCCAGCGGCGAAGUUUAUGAUGGGUCCUUCCAGGACAGCAUGCGUCACGGUCACGGCAUGCUGCGCAGCGGCAAGCUCAACACCUCCUCCCCCAGCGUCUUCAUCGGCCAGUGGCUGCAGGACAAGAAGACCGGCUACGGCGUCUUCGAUGAUAUCACAAAAGGGGAGAAGUACAUGGGCAUGUGGCAGGACCACCUGCGGCAGGGCAUCGGAGUCGUCGUCACACAGUUUGGCCUUUACUAUGAAGGAGCCUUCAAAGAUAAUAAGAUGAUGGGGACUGGGAUCCUCCUGUCAGAAGACGACACCACGUACGAGGGGGAAUUCUCUGACGACUGGACGCUCAGUGGAAAGGGCGUGCUAACGAUGGCGAACGGGGACUACCUGGAGGGCUCCUUCAAUGGUGAAUGGGGCUCUGGCCUGAAGGUGACGGGAUCUUACUUCAAACCGCAUCUGUUUGACAGCGACAAGGACAAAACCCGACCUGUGAAGCUGGGACGGCUGUGUGUCUGCCCGGAAGAUAAGUGGCAGGCGGUGUUUGAUGAGUGUUGGACUCAGCUGGGCUGUGAGGCGCCAGGCCAAGGGGAGAACUGGAGGGCCUGGGAGAACAUCGCCGUGGCUCUCACCACCAGCCGACGACACAUCGAGGACAGUCCGGAGAUGUUGUCACGAAGUCACAGCAAAACCCUGGAGAGUCUGGAGGUCAUCCCACAGCAUGUCGGACCGAUCAACAUGGAGAGAUAUCACACCAUCCGCCUCUACCUCAUCAAGGCGUGCGACACCCCUCUCCACCCUCUGGGCCGGCUGGUGGAGACCCUGGUCGCGGUCUACCGGAUGACCUACGUGGGCGUCGGAGCGAAUCGUCGGCUGCUGCCUCAGGCUGUCAAAGAGAUCAAGUCUUACCUUUAUCGCAUCUUCCAGAUUGUCAGGUUUCUGUUCCCCGACCUGCCAGAGGAGGGCGGCCUCAUCCCAGAGCCGACCACCAACCUCCAGGACAAGAAGGAGGGAUCAGCUGAUGCCCCGCUGGAGUCACCAAAACCUUGCCGCGUGGUGAGCAGCUCGGCUCUGCUGCUUCCCGUCCUGCUGCCUCGUCUCUACCCGCCUCUCUUCACGCUCUACGCUCUGGACAAGGAGCGAGAGGACGAUGUCUACUGGGAGUGCGUCCUCCGCCUGAACAAGCAGCCGGACCUCGCCCUGCUCGCCUUCCUGGGCGUUCAGCAGAAGUUUUGGCCCGUUUCCAUUCCUGAUUCUGUGCCUGCACCGGGGGAGAAGCCGGUCCUCUCCAGCACCAAGGACACCUGCUUCGCCUCCGCAGUGGAAACACUUCAACAGAUCAGCACAACGUUCACCCCGUCGGACAAGCUGCAGGUGAUCCAGCUCACCUUUGAGGAGAUCACGCAGGAGGUUCAGUCUCUGCUGAAGCAGGACUUCCUGUGGUCCAUGGACGACCUGUUCCCCGUCUUCCUCUAUGUGGUGCUGCGUGCACGAAUCAGGAACUUGGGGUCAGAGGUCAGCCUGAUCGAAGACCUGAUGGACCCCUGCGUUCAGCACGGAGAGCACGGCAUCAUGUUCACCACGCUGAAGGCGUGUUACUACCAAAUCCAGCACGAGAAGAUCACUUAAGACGAGCGCGGCCUCGACUUCCUCGGUGAUCUGCAUGCUGCCGCCCCCGCCUCCUCCUCACAGCCAAUAGCGGGGGCCGGGAUCAACGAGGCUUCAGGGUGACAGCGGCCAAUGGGAGGCAGGGGAUCAUCUGAACAGGUUGCCCACAGCUCCAUCUGCUGCUGCUGAGGAGACGGGAUCACCUCCCCCUCCCACACACACACACACACACACACACACACACACACACACACACACUGUGCCCUGGUAGUGACCUGUACCGGCUUCGUAUCAAUGGAUCAUGAACAUGUGAAUAUAGUCGUGUUUUACUGCCAGAGAUGAGCCACAAACUACAGGAAGACUUUCUGUCCGAAGUAUUUUUUUCUUUUCUUUAGUGCCAAUGAGAGUGUUUCACUCUCAGACCGGACCUCAUUUUCUUCCAUUUUUCAGCAUGAAAAAAAACAAAAAUGACUUCCAGCUGAAACGAAACGAUCCACACUUUCCUUUUUUUAAGCCUUCACGUGUGUUUCGGAUCGUUUUCAGCUUCUCAUGACAUGAAGAAAACUGACGUGACAAAAAAGAUGUCGCUUUAUGAAACUGACAGAUUUUUUUAUUUAUCGUCUCAGACGCAUAGAUGAGAUUUAUACUUUAUCAGAAGUGUUUUCAUGCAGUAUUUUCCGGUUUUACAAGAGAAAAGACCUCAAAGACGAAAACUUCCUGGCUGGUUUGACAAACUUUCCCGCCUGUGUCCAGCUGCUUAACUGACCCUUUCCAUGGAAACCAGUAAGGUUUGAUUCUGUAUUUUCACUGGGGAUGCACCGAUCAUCACCUUGCUGACUGCUAGUUAUGAUAAGAUGACAUUCACUGAUGGAUUUGGCUUUCAAACGUCAAGAUUCAAUUUCGAUUUUUGAUGAAUUUUCUGUGCUCUUGUUAGACACGCAGCCGGAGUUAUAAAGAUCAAUAGAUGUAUCGGCUUUAUGCCCUGACAAUUUCAAAUUCUUCUUUUAAGAGACGGGGGGUGUUGGUGAUACUGGUCUUGAAUUCAACAAUCGAAUUUGAAAUCAGGUCUAAUUGAAUUUAUUUGUUGUUUCACAUCCAGUUUCCGCCGUACGUUCACAAGCUACUGGCUCAGUUUUGACGGCUGUUUCAGUAAUGACAAAAUCUUAUCAUUGAGUCGUUCUUAUAAAAAAAAUGUACUCUAUUUCGAGUUAAAGAAGGUCAAAUUAUUUUUGGGGGGCUGAAUUUGACGAUUUGUUUUCCUUAGCUGGCACAAAAGGGGAAUAAGCAAAAAGAAAAUCAACAAACUUAGAACAAAAAAACAUUGAUCUUGCCCUAAAAUUUCACAGUUGGUGCAUCAUAUAAAACCAAUCGGGUGCAGCAACCUCAAAGUGAAUUAAAACUGACUUGGCCGUAACUCUAAACGAUGCUAAUAGUUUCCUCCUCCACCAGUUGUAAGCCUAAUUACUUAGCGGCUAAGUUAACUGACCUUUACACCAUCUUUGGCAGCUGACCAGCUACUCCAACUUUCCAUUUUAGGAAGCGGCGUCUCCGGUUGAAGAGUCGAAUAAAGAGAAACAAAGAUGCAAAAAAAAGAUUGGUUUGUUGACUUUGAUGCACACGUUUCCAGGAUGUGCACUUAGACUCCUGACGUAACUAUUGACAGGAUGUCUGCAGGGGUCUCGUCUGGGGUUAAGAGUGAGAUCUUUAACAGUUUGUCCUUUAAAACAACUGAGAAAUGCCUCAUCAGAAGGUGUCAGAAACUCUCAUGCUCAUGUUUGUUUUUGCAGCCAUCACUUUAAAUCUUCCUGCAGGCUCACCUCCUUUAAAUUCCGCCGACAUCCAGUGAAAAGAGAGAAAGAGUUUGUAUUAAUCGUGUUGUGUCAGUUAACACAGUGUUCAUCACCUCUCGCUGCAGGUGGAGUAGAGCAGAGAUCUGUGCAGACGACUCUGUUUUUUAUUCCAGACCGACUCUCCUCGCCAUCUGUUGAAGCUAACUGUUCUUUUUUUAAACCGUUCACAGCACAAACUGUCAGACAUUGUUGCUUAUUUCAGAUUUGCGUCACACGCGCCCAUUUAUAAAAAGGGCUUAAGAGGGGAUUCAGAGGAUGGAUGAGCACUUCUAUUUUUAUUUAUUUUUUUCAGAUAUCGCAGCUUUUGUUUUCUCAGAUGGUUUAACAAAAGAAAAAAAAAAAAAAAAGCCGGCGAAUCAGAGGUCGCUUUUUGGAUGGGGGGUGAAUUUAGGUGAAGCUGCUGCAGGCAACAGGAAAAUGUGCAAAGGUUUAGGGUGAGAUCGAAGAUUUAAAGCUGAACUAGAUUAUAUAAAUUUUGAUUGGACAUUUCUCAGAAGAACUCGAGGUCACACGCAGUAAUAAUUCUUUAUUUUAUCCCCACGUUGCUCAUAUUUUUGGGAUGUUUGAACGAUUGUAAAAACAUUCCUCCAUCACGAGACCGUUUGUGCCCUGACGCUUAAAAGAAAGUGAAGCAAUAUUUGUCUUCAUAACUGACGAGUUCUUACCCAAAAGCCUUUGGACACAGUACUCAGUCAACCGGACUGUUCUUUAAAGCAAAAACAAAAUGAGAUUUUAUGGUUUUGUCACUGUCGCUCCUCUGAAGACAAUCUGAAGGCGGAUUCGGUUGCUGCUGCACCUUAAAACGAAGUCAUGUUUUCAGUAGACGACACGGCCGAGGCGGGACGGGACACUUGAUGUAAUGGUUAUGAAUAUAGAAUGAAGGCGAUGUUCAUAAGCUCAUGUUGGUUUCACUAUGUAGUUAACUUUAUGUAACUCAACACCCCUCACAGGUCAAACUGUUGCGUUGCGUGUAAAAUUGACUGUUUUGUGAAUGGAGUUUGGUGUACACGAACUGACGUUUUGUGUUUUAGCAGGCUGACUCCCACCUGUGUGUCUCUUACAUGAUGUCAAAUGUGUUGUACCUUUAAACAAUAACAGAGGGCAAUAAACUCAUUUGAUGGACGUUGUUAAACUGA